AUGAAGUCGAGAUCUGCUCAAUGGGUGGCGGUCCUGUUCUCAUAUCUUGAAGCUGGCUGUGUCGGCCUCAGUCCUCCCCGGAGAGAUAUCCCACAGGACGAAUUGCAAAAUAAAGUGUGCAAGACUCAGCACCCUGACAUCACGCCAAUUGAUAAACCAACUUUCUCCUGGGGCAAGACCAGUGACAAGCAUCCGAGGUACUACCUGGAGAAGACCGAAAAGCCUUACGGCAAGAAGGUUGCAAAGUGGCAGAAGGAGUUCUUCGAACCCGAUGCCGAUUACAGUGAUUCCGACCUCGAGUGGCUGUCUGGAUCCGAUAUGGAGAUUGAGCCCAAGGAGAAGGAUGCCCCGACUAUCAUCACACUGUUCUACCCGCAACCGGGUGAGGCAAACGUCAGGAAGCCGAGCUGGCUGUAUCUCAAGUUCUUCCAGGACAUGGCAAACUCGAAAGAACAGAUCAUCGUCUACUGCCCAUCGGACAUUGGGAAGGCGAUCCGAGAAACGAUUCGUGAUGACAAGCACCUGGUCAUUGUCGACAAGUACCCGACUGUGUGGGAUAUUCCGACCAACGACUACCAGAGGGGCAAUUUCCAACAUGUACAGCCCAAGCUGUUUGAACAGCUCGACAUAUCUCAGGACAAGUUUGCGAAGGGCUUCAAUGACCCGCACUUGAGUGCUGCUUACAACGCCAAGGCAUUCGUGACUUAUGAUGCUGUCAUGCGCAACCCUUUCGGCACCGACAAGUGGAUAUUCAUCGACUUUGGACUCGUGCGCAAUGCACCAAUGAACAAAGACGGCAAGCCCGACUGGAGCGAGUUCAUGAACCCCUUCCUGGACAAGAACAAGUUCGCGCGCUCGAUCGAGAUGUCGCGGAAUAGCGGCGUCGUCAUCGGCAGCCAGAAGGACAAGAAGCUCCGGCCCAUAACCGACGAGUGCUGGACCAACAACAAGUUGAUCAUGGGCUGCACGUCCUUCUUCGGCAGCGCGUGGGCGGGCAACGCGCUGGGCAUGCUGGAGUUCGCCGUUAAGUACAUGAAGACGGUAGACGACAUGGACGCCAACGGCGGUCUAUACACGGGCCGCGAGGAGGCCGUUCUCCCGUUCGUCCUGUUCCGGUACCCCAACACCCUCUUCUCGAUGCCGUACCACGACGCGUCGCCGGGGGUCAAGUUCCCGCUGUGGCCGAGGGACCCGAACGAGAAGCCCACGGUUUUCCGUCAGGGCCUGCCGAUGCGGACGGCCUACUCAGGCUUCGGCGGCGACGACAAGGUCCCUCCGAUCAACGAUCCACUGGCGACGAAUUUCUGUCCCGUCAGCUAUAAGCCGAGGAGAGGCAACAUGCUCGGGGAUAAGGACCAGAUGAAGGACGACCCGAACAAGGCUUGGGAUGAGGAUCCAUGGAAUGUUGGCAACAUCGUUGGGCCCCAGCUGUUCCUCUCAACUCAACCGCCGAAGUAUACCCUUGGCAUUGGGCGCGAUGAUGCUCGCCCAACCCUUAUGGCGGCCUCGGGCAUCCUCUAUGGCAUCGUGCGUAUCGUGGAGAGCAAGCAGCGUGAUAGAAAGUACGGUCCUCCUCGCCACGUGCUGAAGGCUGGGGUUGCCUCCGAGAAUGCGGACACGACAGAUAGGGAGAAUGAGGAGUUGAGAUACACUUUCUAG